AAACCACCUUCGUGCCUGUGUCCCCGCGGAGCGGGCGGGCAGAGCCGGACGAUGUCCUCGCCGCCAUCCGGCCCAGCACUUGCCUGGUUUCCAUCAUGUUGGCCAACAACGAGACAGGGGUCAUCAUGCCUCUCACGGAGCUGAGCCAGCGCGUCCGAGCCCUCAACCAGCGGAGAGCAGCGGAGGGGCUGCCCAGGGUCCUGGUGCACACGGAUGCGGCACAGAUGAUUGGCAAGGGGCGUGUGGAUGUGCAGGAGCUGGGGGUGGACUACCUCACUGUUGUGGGACACAAGUUCUACGGCCCACGCGUCGGCGCGCUCUACGUGAGCGGCCCCGGCACCUCCACCCCACUGCACCCCAUAUUCUUCGGAGGGGGCCAGGAGAGGAACUUCCGCCCGGGUACAGAGAACACCCCAAUGAUCGCUGGCCUUGGCCAGGCUGCAGAGUUAGUGAGCAAGAACUGGGAGGCCUAUGAGGCUCACAUGCGGGAUGUCCGGGAUUACCUGGAGGCCAGGCUGGAGGCCUCCUUUGGGAAGCAGAGGAUCCACUUCAACAGCCACUUCAAGGGUUCCAAGCGACUCUGCAACACCUCUAACUUCUCCAUCCUGGGACCAGACCUUCAAGGGUACAGGGUGCUGGCUCACUGCAAGGUGCUUCUCGCCAGCGUCGGGGCCGCCUGCCACUCUGAGAAGGGAGAUCGGCCCUCCUCGAUCCUGCUGAGCUGUGGGAUCCCCCACGACGUGGCACGGAACGCCUUGCGGCUGAGCGUGGGGCGAGACACCACCCGGGCGGACGUGGACCUGGUUGUGCAGGACCUCGUGCAGGCUGUGGCACAGCUGGAGCAGGGCCAAGCUUCAUAG